AUGUAUCGAUUGAGUGCAUUUACGUUAACGCGUACUCUUAGAGGCCCUAUUCAGAACUUGUCCCCAUUACCAGCGUAUGUUUCUAGAACAGUUAACGAAUAUAAGCCCCUCACAAAAAUUUUGCUUUCGUCUCUGGGCUCAGCUCACGUCAGAUACGCAUCAGGACGGACUAAGGAAGAGGAUGUAAUAGCGCGUAUCGAAGGCAAGAGAGCGGAAGCCCAACUGGGUGGCGGCUUAGCAAGAAUAGAGGCUCAACAUAAGAAAGGUAAACUCACGGCUAGAGAACGCAUUGACCUCCUACUAGAUGCAGGGUCUUUUGUGGAAUAUGAUACAUUUGUUGAGCAUCAAUGCGUUGAUUUUGGCAUGGAUAAAAAUAAGGUCACUGGUGACGGUGUUGUUACCGGACAUGGUACCAUCAAUGGGCGCCGUGUAUUUGUCUUUUCCCAAGAUUUCACGGCCUUCGGUGGUAGUUUGUCUAAGAUGCAUGCACAAAAAAUCUGCAAGAUAAUGGAUAAAGCCGUCUUAGUUGGCGCCCCCGUCAUUGGUUUGAAUGAUUCUGGUGGUGCUCGGAUUCAAGAGGGUGUGGAUUCGUUAGCAGGAUAUGCGGAGAUUUUCGAGAGGAAUGUUCUUUCCUCCGGUGUUAUUCCGCAGAUUUCGUUGAUCAUGGGGCCAUGUGCAGGUGGCGCUGUUUAUUCGCCUGCACUGACAGAUUUCACGUUUAUGGUGAAAGACACAUCGUAUAUGUUUGUUACGGGACCGGAUGUCGUGAAAGAAGUUUGUAAUGAAGAAGUUACACAAGAGGAGCUUGGUGGUGCUAAAACACAUACAGUCAUGUCCGGCGUUGUACACAAUGCAUUUGAGAACGACCUGGAAGCUCUCCAACGUGUUAGAGAUUUCCUCGAUUUCCUUCCUCUUUCUAAUCUUGAGCCGGCGCCAACACGUUACAGUGAUGAUUCACCACAUCGCGAAGAUCACUCUUUGAACCAUAUCAUUCCUGUGGAUUCCACUAAAGCCUACGAUGUUCGUGAUGUAAUUACCCGUCUUGUUGAUGAUGGUAACUUCUUUGAGAUAAUGCCGGAUUACGCAAAGAAUAUCGUUAUUGGGUUUGCAAGAAUGAAUGGAAAGACAGUUUCGAUUGUUGGGAACCAGCCAUUGGUUUCAUCCGGUGUUUUAGACAUUAAUUCAUCGAUCAAAGGUGCUAGGUUUGUCAGAUUCUGCGAUGCUUUUAACAUUCCAAUUAUCACCCUUGUGGACGUACCUGGCUUCUUGCCGGGAACAGCACAAGAGCAUAACGGCAUUAUUCGACAUGGAGCAAAGUUACUAUAUGCAUACGCUGAGGCCACCGUUCCAAAGAUUACUAUAAUUACCAGGAAGGCGUACGGUGGAGCCUAUGAUGUCAUGUCAAGUAAACAUCUUCGCGGAGACAUGAAUUAUGCUUGGCCAGCUGGUGAAAUUGCCGUAAUGGGCGCUAAGGGUGCUGUUGCGAUUAUAUUCCGCCAUUCUGAGGAUCGUAGUAAAGCAGAAGCAGAAUAUAUAGACAAAUUUGCUAAUCCCCUACCGGCAGCUCAACGAGGCUUCGUUGACGAUAUCGUGCUUCCUGCUCACACAAGACGACGGAUUAUCGACGAUCUCGAGGUGCUCAAGAGCAAAAAUCUCAAGAAUCCUCCAAAGAAACAUGGAAAUAUCCCACUUUGA